CAGAAACAUAUCUUCUUCCUCUUCUUACUUUUAUUAUUAUUUAAAUAUUCCCCCUCUCAUAAUCCUUUUUUUUUAUCCUUUUUUGUUUCCAUAACAACAAACUUAAAAAAAAGUAUAUAUUAAUUAUAUAAAGUACCUUACCACAACAACACAACAUCCAAAAAGAAAAUAAUAAUAUCAAACAUGGAUUCACGGACAAGUGGUGUUCGAUUCUUUGUCUAUUUCUGCGUCAUGGUCGCAAGUCUUGGUGCACUCAACUCUGGUUUCAAUACCAGUUCUCUUAACAUUCCCGGAAAUUCAGUCAGAUACUGUCCUGGUGUCCCAGCUGGAGAAGUUACUUACUAUGCCACAUCUUCCCUUCCCCAGUGUCUUCCCAUGGGUGACUGGAUUUGGGGUGUUGCUACUGGUAUGUUCGCUGUCGGUGGUCUCGUAGGUGCUCUUCUUGCCAACCCUAUGGCAAAUCACUUUGGCCGUCGUGACGCUAUGAUCAUCAUCAACGUUGCUUUCUUCAUCGGUGCCGUCUUGCUCUCGACCUCGACCUCUAGUGCCCAAUUCGCAAUCGGCCGUAUCUUUGUCGGUAUCGGAUCAGGUUUCAUGACCGUAGUCAUUUCCAUGUAUAUCGCCGAGUGCGCUCCUCCAUCCGCCCGUGGUGCCCUCGGAUCGUUCUUGCAGCUCUUCAUGACCAUCGGUAUCCUCAUCAUCGAGUGUAUCGGUCUCGGUCUUACAUCUGCCAUCGGAUGGCGUGUCGUAGUCGUCAUUACCGUUGCUCCCGCAAUUGCCCAGAUGGUCCUUUUGCCCUUCUGUGCCCGUUCCCCCCGCUGGCUCAUUACCCAGAACCGCAUUGACGAAGCUCGCGCGGAACUUCUGCGUCUGCGCAACGGUGACAUCGAAGAAGAAUUUGCCGACAUCAUGCUCGGUCUCUCUAAGGGUGGCGGUGCCGAAAAGAAGGCUGCUCCCACUAAUGCUGCUGCUGCUGGUGCUGCCGAACCCUACGAAAGUGAAGUCAACCUGACCUUCCUGCAGGUCAUGUCUAUCCCUGUUUUGGCCUGGUUGACCUUCAAGAUGAUGAUUGUCCACGCUAGCUCCCAGCUCACCGGUAUCAAUGCUAUCAUGUACUACUCCACCUCUAUCUUCGAAGAAUCCUUUGGCGACUCUGCCCGCUAUGUUACCAUCGGUGUCGGUGCUCUCAACAUGGGCAUGACUUUUAUUGCCCUGGGUCUCAUCGAUCGUCUUGGUCGCAAAAUGCUUCUCAUGAUCUCUGCUGCCGGCAUGUGCAUCUUUGCUGUCCUGAUGACCAUCGGUCUCCGUUUCGACAUCUCUCCCCUUCAGGUUGUCUGCAUCAUGCUGUUCGUCGCCUCGUUCGCAGUCGGUCUGGGCAUGAUUCCGUUUGUCCUGACUGCCGAAGUCUAUCCUACCUACGCUGUCGGUGCUGCAUCCUCAUCUGCCCUGGUCGUCAACUGGCUCUGCAACUUCAUCAUCGGUCUCAUUUUCCCCACCCUCCAGAAGGCAUGCGGUCCCUAUGUCUUCUUGAUCUUUGCCGGUCUCUCGUUCGCAGCCUUCUUCUUCAUCAUGUUCUUCAUUCUUGAGACCAAGCGCAAGUCUAUCGAAGAAGUCGGUCGUCAUCUCGGAUGGUACGGUAUCAGCCCAGAAAUCAUCAUGAAGAAGGCCGAGAAGUCCAUCAUCUAAACAACAAUAGCAGCAUUUUCAUUAUUUUCUAAUUAUUAUUAUUAUUAUUAUCACCCAUACUAUUUCUCUCUUACUCUUAUAUUACAACCCUUACAACAUUAUAUUCUCUCACUUCUUUAAUUAGAAGAAGAAACCAAACAAAAAAAAACAACCACAAUUUCCCUUUUUUUUUUUUACUACCAAAUAUCUCUUACUAUCCUCUUUAACCCCGCAAACACUACUCAUUGUACAGGAUUCUUCAUAUUAUUGGAUCAACCACCCACCAAAUGUCUUAAUUAUUAUUAUUACUAUUAUCCUUCAUAUUCCUAUUUUUUUUAUAUAUUUUAUUAUUAAUAAUAAAUCAAAUCAAAUUGAAUAAACGAAUGAAUGAAUAAACUUCAAAUAUUUAUAUCU